AUAUGCAAUAAAGUGCGUGAGGUGCGCUCUCGAAACGCACCUUACGUCUAUUUUGUAAGAAGCAAAUUAUACCUUUAUUUUAACUUACAAUUAAAACACCGCUGUUCUCUACUUAGUAUUUACCAAUCCACUUUGUAUUUGAGGUCAUAGUCAAAGAGCCGAACCAAGCCAAUACCAGAUUGACGACCACCACAGUUGCUGCUGAAGUUAUUGGGCAGAAUCACUGCUGGCGCAGCGCAGUAUUAUUACUAAUGUUAUAAAUGUGGAUAGUCGAUUGUACUGUUGUUGCGAAUUCCCGCGGCAAACGCAUUUGCGCGUUGGUGACGUUAGCAUCGAUCCCGUAGACAUUGGCCAGGGCAAUCAGACACUGCGAACGAAGUCGCACCCUUGACGGUCCUCACGCAAACUCGACAUUAACUCCUUCCGUAUAAGUCUGCGUUUCGUGCCCCUGUUCUUAAAUCGAAUCUCUGCUCUCGCGUGUAGAAGCAUGUGGAACCAACGCGUUCUGCUACUUCUCGCGCCGUGUUUCGCUGAUAAUAAGUUUUUGUUUGCGCGCCCUUCUCAAUCCCAUUUCUAGUUCUGAGCUGUGUGUAGGUAGGUAGACGAAAGCAGUCGUGCAAAAUGACCACUGAAAAUCGGAGUGCUUGCACUAAGGAUCACGAACAACAAUUUGACAACUCUGCAACUGUGCUGGAGAAGAUAGCCGGGUUGUACGCCGAACAUCUCCUGAGUGACAUUACCCUUGAGGUCGGAGGAAAACAGUAUGCGGCCCACCGAUUGAUCCUCUGCGCUUCCAGCGACGUUUUUCAGGUGAUGCUGAUGGAUCCCAAGUGGCGUUCAAGCCAGAUGUCGCACAUCGAGCUCAAGGAAGAGCCUCCUUGUGAAGCAGUGUUCGGUGACUUCCUGGGUUACUUGUACACCGGACGGACGCGUGUUGACCAUGCACGUGUGCUGCCUCUGGUAGCUCUGGCAGACAAGUACAAUGUCAAGGACCUAAUGCACCUCUGCAUCAGCUACAUGGCACAACACAUUGUGACUGCUGCCCACCACAACCAGCUGGUGUCCUGGUUUUGCUACACACUCAACUGUGACUCUGCAUCAGUGCAGACGUCCUUCAGCAAUUUCAUUGCAUGGAAUUUCGAGCUUGUGGCCCAGAUGGAAGACUUCGGAAACAUUGAGCUUGACGUCCUCAUCUCUUUUCUGCGUCGAUCCGACCUGGUUGUGGCCAGCGAGUUUCAACUUUUCAACUUCGCCGCGAGGUGGCUGUUUCUGCAGGAGUCCUGGUCGCACUCGUCCCGGUCGGGUGACGAAGAGGCCUUUGGCAACACCGUUGUCAAAGUGAUGUCUCACAUCCGCUUCCCCAUGCUGACCAUCGCUGAGCUGGCUGGGCUGAUGUCCCACCCGCUCACCCUCCGCUUUCAAGGCUUUUUUCUGGACCGCAUUGGCGUCGCCCUGGACUUCCAGAACAGGGCACGACUCAAUGGCUACCGCCACCGGUACGCAAAGCUCAUUGUGCCCCGAAUCUACACUUCGGAGACCUGGUCGACGUCACUCUGCAUAGACAAUUUCACGCGACGGAAGACCUUUGGGGUACACACGCUCAUCUUCAUGACUCCAGCCAGCCUCUCGGGCGCCAUGUCGGACAAAAUGCUCGAAUGGACCGUGGACGUCUACCCCAAGGGUGUCUUGUUCCACAAGUUCUUGCUUAUCGCGCUGCGGGGAACCCUCGAAGGGCCCGAGUCAAGGACAAAGACUGUGCGGCUGUCUCUCACUUCAAGCCGGUUCAACGAGGACACGACCAUAGUGGUGAGUGUCUUGGUGAGCGGUAAGCAAGACGGCGUGGAGCAUGUGCGCAUGGUGGUACAGAAGGAGUUCACCUUCACCAAGGAGAACCGCAUGCUCAACCUGGACGAUUUGGUGCCAUACGGGGAGCUCAACGAGGCUCCCGGAGGUACUUCGCCCUUCCUAGUGGGACCCCAGUGCGACCUGUUCAGACUGCGCAUUGCUAUCACGCCGCUCUGCGUCAAGCCUUGAAGGGUUGCGGCAUCCUUGUUGGUCAGGUGCCAACAGGGCUUUGCCGCAACGAAGUGAAGCCUUCACUUUCAUCCACAGUGAUCAUGUCUCGGUGCCUUUUUGUAGCUUUUAUAGAUGACUGGGGAGUGAACGACUCACUUUGUAUAUAUGGAGUGCAACUGCAACUGCGCUGCACUCGGUUGAGGCCCUCAAAACUGCACUAAUCACAUUCUGACUUUGGAUUCAGCACACGAGUGACGCUCACAAUAAGGCAUUUUUUAGGAUCCAGGUCGCAUCGCAUAAAAUGCAGAGCAUAACGUAAACAUGGGCUUUGUUGGCCUAAUUUUUAAGCUUGGGGUUUGCAAGGACAAGACCAGUUGUUUUGGAGUAUCUUGCUUGGUGGUUCACUGCCAACAGUCAUUCGUUUGUCCAUUACUAAUAGGAAUGAAAUUCAACAGAAAUGAGCAUGUUUGAGGCUAUGGUGUUUCGGGUUUGUUUUUUUGCAAGCAAACAGGAUAGCCAUUAAUAUAUGCUGGUUGCUUGUACCAGUUCUCCUGAAUGUGCCAUAAGGGUGCUAUGGGAUAGCUGCCCAGUUAUUAACUGUGCAUACAUGUUGUAUGUCUCUCAACUUUUGACCUGCUGUAAGCCGGCUUCCAAGAGAACUGCUUCCUUGGUUUACUCUUUGGAUAGACUGAACCUCACAACCAAAGUUGUGUUGGGCUCUCUCAGUGUGAAAGUCGUGGUUUGAACAAGUGAGUUCUGGUAGGGCAUUGUCCAGCUCCAGAAGUGCUUAACAGUUUGGCUCAACAGUUGUCUAGCAUGCCAAUUGAUAGAAGAAAUGCAGAGGCGUCGCUUUCCUUUCAUUUCUGUCACUUGUGUUUUGACCUUUGAGACAUGCACAUAGAUAUGUCUAGCAAAACAAUCUCUGUGUGUUGAAAGCAUCUAAUUUUAUUUUUCUGUGGGCUAGGCCUCCUAUGACUGCACAUAUAUUAUGUGACAACAUUACAGGCCAUUAUUGGAGGCAAGUUUUUUUAGGUGUGCUCAAUGCAUUAAGACAUGCGAUAAGAAUGCUGUAUGUUGAACAUUGCUUUUGGUUACGGUGAUGUGCAUUCUAGUCCAGCAAGCACCUUGGUCACUUCUAUCUGUGUGCCUCCAAAAAUUGGUGUAACGGAGAUGAGUCUUUUUAAACAUACACAAAAAUCAAUUUAGUGUUUUCUUCACUGCAAAAAUAAAUUAUGCAUCACUGAACGCUCACUCUCUGCCCAAAAUGUAGUGCUAAUAAUCUGAACCAGUUGCUGAAAUUUCAGAACUAACCGUUAUCUGAAUCACAAGUUUUAAUAGAUUUUUUUUUAACAUUUCAAUGGGAAAAUGUGGCCCGUUUUCGGUAACUGAUGAUAUUCAUCUCCAUGUAUUCAAGAGCUCCGUCAAUUGCCAUUUUCCCAUUGAAAUUUUCGGAGAUCAACUAUAACUUUUUAAUAAGAUAACAGUUAGUCUGAAACUCUGCUAUCUGGUUCGGACCGCUAGCGCUACAUUUGGGAGGAGAAUGAGCAUUCAGCGAGGCAUAUGUAGUUUAUUUUUACAAUAAAAGAAAACCUGUCAUUUUUAAAAAUAUUUUUUGCCACCCUGUAGGUGAGAGUUAAAAGCCUUUCUGUGCACUUGUCUGUGUGCCAGAAGCUUUAUGAGGCUGCUGAUGCUUUUGCCCUGUGUGCAUCUUGAAGUGAAUGCUGAUUCUGACUUGAUCAAAAGUAGGGCCUCCUCUGUUACCUUUUUGCAUAAUUUCCUUUUUUCGUCUGUCACUUGGGUUACCUCCACUUCAUUUUUUUGCCUGAUGUAGCAGGGAGAAAACGUCUUUAUCCUGAUGGAAAUUCGAGUGCACAAAAGAGCUUUGCUGAACAAAAUAAUGCUAGGUAUUGUAUUAUUUAACCACUGUUUAUUAACUUCCUAACUCCAGUUGGCUUCAGUUCUUUAUUUUGUUGUAUGUUUGUGAGUCUAUGCCCUGCUUCGAUAAAUGCAGACAAGUAACACAGAUUGUUUAGUAUAAUAUUUGGAUGGGAAGGGUUCUCUUGGUAAUUCUAUCACACCCACAACCUAAACAUGCAUGGGAGAUCUGUGCUUUGCUGCCUUUUUAUACUUUUUUGUACUUAAGAACUGGUACAGUGACCCAUUUGGUAGUUGAACCUGAGCAAGUAAUCAAAUGUAGAUAUUGUAAACUUUACACAAUUCAUGUUAACAUUUUUUGACUAGGAUAUUCUGAAAUCUUGAGAGCUCUAGUCUACACGUGCUGUCUAGCAUAGUUGCACAACUCUUUCCUUUUUUUUUCUCUUAGGUUCUGGGUGGAAACGGCUUGUUGACAGUAUUUGCCAACCUUUAUCUGUGUACCACCAUCACACAUGUUGUGUAGCUUGUGAAGUAGCAUAUGGCAAGCAGUGAUUGCUUUCUGCAUUUCUUGAUGGUACCCUUCGGUGUUUCAUGCAUGCUAACAUGUGCAGUUCCUCUUUUGAUACCAAGUGGCCUCUAGGAUCCUGCAGACGAUGGUUUGUUGCUUGGUAAGCUGCAAAUUUCACAAACAUCUGUGCGUCAGCACAAUGGAAAAGUAUGUAUAGGUUUCAUUCUUACAUAGUUUACCUCAGUGACUGAAUGAAGCACUUGGCGACUUGGAUCUGUGCAAAUGUUUCAAGCUUCUGCUUAUGUUCCUGGUAUGUUCACACCUAGUAUUUGUUAAAUAAAUAUUUGUUGUACUACUUUUUUUGUUUAAUAUCCAUGUCUGACUUAGUGUUUAGAACUGCCCUUUGGAUACAUGGAGCAUUCAAGUAGACAUUGUGAUAUCUAUGAAAUAAAUGUGUUAUCUUGUUUUGA